AUUGUCAAACCUGCUUAUUUACUAGACGCUGACCAAUACGCACAGAAACUCCGCAAGCGAAAAUGGGGUUUCUGUGGACGGUGGUGGAGCUCUUGCUCGCCCUCAUUCUGAUCGCACUCUUUGGCUUAGUUUCUGCGAUCAUCUUCGAAGCUUCUCGAAGAAGGCACAACCACGCGCACGUCGAAGCUCCCGCGAUAUUUGAGGACCCUAAUUCGUUAAAACAGGUUCCAUGCCCACAUAUUUCUGAUCCAGCGGAGAAGUAUAUAUCCUUAAUAAUCCCUGCAUUCAAUGAAGAGCAUAGACUUCCUGGAGCUCUCGAGGAAACUAUGAAUUAUCUUCAACAACGUGCAGCAAAGGAUAAGUCAUUUUCUUAUGAGGUGGUGAUUGUUGAUGAUGGAAGUACUGAUGGGACAAAAAGAGUAGCUUUUGACUUUGUAAGGAAAUACACUGUAGACAAUGUGAGAGUUAUCCUUCUUGGUACAAAUCAUGGAAAGGGAGAAGCUAUCAGAAAAGGCAUGCUUCAUUCACGUGGUGAAUUACUUCUAAUGCUGGAUGCUGAUGGAGCAACUAAGGUUAAUGACCUAGAGAAACUUGAAAGUCAGAUCCAUGCUUUUGCCAGAAAGGAAUCUCAGCCUGGAGAUUCAGCAGCUAGCAAUUCGAGUUUUAGGAUAUCUGAUAUUCCAAUGGCUGCAUUUGGUUCUCGUGCUCAUCUUGAGGAGAAAGCUCUGGCUACAAGGAAAUGGUACCGCAACUUUUUGAUGAAGGGUUUCCAUCUUGUGGUCCUCUUGACUGCGGGUUCUGGAAUUCGUGACACACAGUGUGGUUUCAAGAUGUUUACUAGGGCUGCUGCAAGGAAGCUUUUCAAAAACAUCCGUUUAAAGAGGUGGUGUUUUGAUGUUGAGUUAGUGUUUCUAUGCAAGUGGUUUGACAUCAAAAUGCUCGAGAUAUCUGUCAACUGGUCUGAAAUUCCUGGAUCCAAGGUGAAUCCACUGAGCAUACCAAAUAUACUUUGGGAGCUUGCCCUUAUGUCUGUGGGAUAUCGAACCCGAAUGUGGACAGUUUCUACUUGAGUAUUGGAGUUCAUGUGGAAGGGCAUUGUGCUCUCGACCUAGUGCAAUACCACAGAAAGAAAAGCGACACACCUGAUUAGGCAUUAGGGUAUACACUUCUUUUCUUUCACGAGCAUUUCCAUUAAGAAAAUUUUGCAAUUUUUGGAGCUUGUUUAUGCAAGCCAUGAUCUUUACCUUAGGGUUUCAGCAUGUAAAAUUAUUUGGGGGUACUUCUUUUUUCUUUUUUGUUUUCUCCCCCUUCUCUCUUUGUGGGUACAUUUUUUUCUGACAAAAUUCAGAUUCUGACAUGAUCUUCACAAGAAAUAAGUGCUUGAAUUA